AUGUGCAAAAUCCUAUUUUUCCUUCUGAUUUCUCAAGUUUUCUCAACACUUAUCUAUAAACGUGAAGUUCCUUUCGGUUUCUUGGCCACCCGAACUCGACCAGUCACUAAGUUCUAUGAAUUCAGAGAAUUUUUUGGAGAUGCUAUCCAAACAGCCUAUGAUACUAAUUGUGCAGGCCCAAAACUUCGCUGCUAUUUUCCAAUCGCUAAACAAAAUGAUAUCCUGGUAUACACAAUGCUAACAGAAACCCCAAAUUAUAAUUGCUCAUCUUAUCCAUAUUGCAUAGGCUUCAAUCAAAGUCAAUAUCAAAACUAUAGUAUAGUCUUCAGUGACACCGAUGUUCUACCCGAAGAUUUUAUUUUGCCAAAUUGCACCGCCUCCCAAUUCUCUUUCACCAGACCAAACGGUCUGAAUUGGUGCUUUAAUAUCUCAAAAAAUGGAGAUUGGCUAACUCACGAUGAAGCUGAAGCUGAAUGUGCAUCUCAAAAUUCUUCUUUAAAUGGUUUUCAGACUAUUGAAGAGCAAGAUUAUUUUCGAAAAGCAUUCAGAAUAACCAGAACUGGAGAAAAAACAUUUGUGCAUUUGGGAGCGACGAGAAAUUGCACUGAAGAUUGUAAAAAUAAAAAUGCGGAUGGGUGUAUUAAAGAGGUAUGUUUGCUCUAUUGCCACGUCAUAACUGAAAAAAAAUCAAUAAUUUCAGAUGGCUUGGACUUCUAGCAUCAUCUCAACUAAUCAAACUCUCGCCAAUAAUAUCAACAGUGGUUAUCUUGAUUGUAUUGGUAAAAAUUUGGUUUUGCGAAGUGUCAAAGGCAACUUGACGUAUGACGAUACCAAGUUAGUGUUUCAGUGUGGCUUGACGCCAAAAAAUUUAUUGAUUUUUUUCAGGGACGACAACGAAGGUUAUUACAGUUGUGGCUGGUAUGCCGUGUAA